AUGGACGCAGCGACUUUAACGUACGACACGCUUCGUUUUGGUGAGUUUGAGGAUUUCCCCGAGACCUCAGACCCUGUUUGGAUCUUAGGGAGAGAAUAUAGCGGUCUCACAGAGAAAGAUGACAUUCUAUCAGACGUCACCUCGCGGCUUUGGUUCACAUACAGAAAAAACUUCCCACCCAUAGGCGGCACGGGGCCCACAUCGGACACAGGCUGGGGGUGCAUGCUGCGGUGUGGGCAGAUGAUCCUUGGCGAGGCGCUGAUGUGUCGACACUUGGGCCGAGACUGGCGAUGGUCAUCAGGACAAAAGCAGAGAGAAGAGUACGUCAGCAUUCUCAACGCCUUCAUCGAUAAAAAGGACAGUUACUAUUCCAUACAUCAGAUCGCUCAAAUGGGAGUCGGCGAAGGCAAACCCAUUGGACAGUGGUACGGACCAAACACAGUUGCGCAAGUUCUCAAAAAGCUGGUGGUGUUCGACACGUGGAGCAAGUUGGUGGUGCACGUGGCUAUGGACAACACAGUGGUCAUCGAAGAGAUCAAACGUCUCUGUAUGCCGUGGCUGGACGCGUGCGGCGAUUCGACGGAGGCGAGCGGCGACGUGAACGGCUGCGUGGAGGGCGCCUGCGCUCUGGCCGGGGAGGACGUGGAACUCUGGAGACCGCUCGUCCUGCUCAUUCCGCUCAGGCUGGGACUUAGCGAUAUCAACGACGCCUAUAUUCAAACGCUCAAGCAAUGCUUCAUGCUGCCUCAGUCGCUGGGCGUUAUUGGUGGCAAACCAAACAGCGCUCACUUCUUCAUCGGUUACGUCGGUGAGGAGCUGAUCUAUUUGGACCCUCACACCACACAGCCCGCCGUGGAACCCUGUGAUGAUGGCCAGGUGCCCGACGACACGUACCACUGCCAGCACCCGCCCUGCCGCAUGCACAUCUGCGAACUGGACCCGUCCAUCGCUGCCGGUUUCUUCUGCAGAACAGAGGACGACUUUGAUGACUGGUGCAUGCGAAUAAGGAGGUUAUCGUGCAACAGAGGAGGCUUACCCAUGUUUGAGCUUGUGGACAGUCAGCCAUCACACAUGGUCAGCGUGGACGCCCUCAACCUUACUCCGGAUUUCUCCGAUUCUGACCGCCUAGAGCGCUUCUUUGAUUCCGAGGACGAAGAAUUCGAGAUUCUUUCUUUGUGA